CCCCAUGCUCUUGGGGAAGGCAAUGUGGCAGAAUGUGGGCUCGUGUGGGCUCCCUCUCCAGUUUGUUAACUGUUUUGAGGAUUCCUAAACUGGCCCGUGUUGCCCUGCACACCUCAUGGUGUCCAUGGGCCUCACGUUCCCUCUGGUGCAGGUGCAGGUGCAGGUGGCAGCCUGGGAUCCCCUGGGCACCCUCCCUGUCACUGUGGGCACACCCGGGGGUAUUUGGGGCCUUCCCAGCGCAGUCCCCUCCCUGGCUGGGCUUUCACUGAGCUGCCCCCGCAGCAGAGCACAAACAAUAUCCUUUCUAUUUGGGUUGACUGGACUGCCCGUGGGAGCUCCCAGGGUGUAACCUGAGCUCCUGCCGUGGCAGCUGCACUGCCCCGUCCUCGUCCUCGUCCUCGAGGUUGGGGUCUGAGCCUCACCUGCCUGGCGCCUGUACCUGUACGGCUGAGCCAUGGCAACGUGGCUGGGAGCGCCUGCAGCGUCAGGCCUGUACCAGAGGCGCCAGCACCGGCCGGGCCCCAAGCCCCCAGAGCCCAGCAACAUGUCCGACGCCUUGGCCAACGCGGAGUGCCAGCGCUGCCAGGCCCGCUUUGGCCCCACUGAACGCAUCGUCAACAGCAACGGGGAGCUGUACCACGAGUGCUGCUUCGUGUGCGCCCAGUGCUUCCGGCCUUUCCCCGAGGGGCUCUUCUAUGAGUUUGAGGGCCGGAAGUACUGUGAACAUGACUUCCAAAUGCUGUUUGCUCCUUGCUGUGGAUCCUGUGGUGAGUUCAUCAUUGGCCGAGUCAUUAAGGCCAUGAACACUAACUGGCACCCGGGGUGCUUCCGCUGCGAGCUGUGUGACGUGGAGCUGGCUGACCUGGGCUUUGUGAAGAACGCAGGCAGGCACCUCUGCCGGCCUUGCCAUAGCCGCGAGAAGGCCAAGGGCUUGGGCAAGUACAUCUGCCAGCGGUGCCACCUGGUCAUCGAUGAGCAGCCUCUCAUGUUCAGAAACGACGCCUACCACCCGGACCACUUCAACUGUACCCACUGUGGAAAAGAGCUGACUGCUGAGGCCCGGGAGCUGAAGGGGGAGCUCUACUGCCUGCCCUGUCAUGACAAGAUGGGCGUCCCCAUCUGUGGAGCCUGCCGACGGCCCAUUGAGGGGCGUGUGGUUAACGCACUGGGCAAGCAGUGGCACGUGGAGCAUUUUGUGUGUGCCAAGUGUGAGAAGCCUUUCCUGGGACAUCGGCACUAUGAGAAGAAGGGCCUGGCCUACUGUGAGACCCACUACAACCAGCUCUUUGGGGACGUCUGCUACAACUGCAGUCACGUGAUUGAGGGCGAUGUGGUGUCAGCCCUCAACAAGGCCUGGUGUGUGAACUGCUUCUCCUGCUCCACCUGCAACAGCAAGCUCACCCUGAAGAACAAGUUUGUGGAGUUUGACAUGAAGCCUGUGUGUAAGAAGUGCUACGAGAAGUUCCCACUGGAGCUGAAGAAGCGGCUGAAGAAGCUGGCGGACCUGACCUCGCGCAAGGCCCAGCCCAAGCCUGUGGAUGUGAACUCCACCUGAGAGCUCCUCCCACCCGCCGGCUUCCCUGUCGCCUCUCACGUCUCCGCGCACCCUGUAGCCCUGGCCUUCCUCAGCUGCCCUCCGUCUCUCCCCUUUCUACCUGUGUCUGCCCUCUGCGUGGUCAUCUUCCCCUCUGCCAGCUCCUGUCUUCCUGUCUGCGUGGAGGCUGCGCCAGACUCAGCACCACAGCCUGGCCCCAUGAGCUCCAGGGACAGCAGCAAAUCGGGGCUGGGGCCGCCUGCUCCCACUUGGGCCACAGCUGCCCGCCCACACACCUGACCAGUCCUUGCCACAGAGGCCCUGGUGGCACCCACUGUCCCUGACAGCAUGGGCCCCAGAGUGGUCCAGCUGUCUGCAUGUGGUGGCCAGCAGGUCUCUGGGACACCCUCAGCCCGUAGCCACUCGCCAUGAGGGUCUCUGGCCACACUGAACCAGAGAGCCUGCCAUCCCCAAUCUGGAGCGAGCUGGAAGGAUGAGGCGGCUCCCUCCAUCCCUCUGAACCCUACACUGCGUGGCGCCCAAGAUCUGCUGUGCUUUCUCUCACCGCACCGCAAGCCACACUAAGCCUUUGGGUCCAGCUGGGGGCUGGAGGGCUAGAGGGCUGGGUUGGAAGGCAGCUCUUGCCUGCUUCAGGAUGACCCUUCCCAGGGGCCAGCGUAGCCCUGGCUGAGGCUCCCACUCACACAAUGAAGGCUGAUCCACCACCA